AUGAUUUCUAAUGACAUGGCACUAGGACUCCUUUUUGUAUCUCAGACUGGAUUUGGGGCACUGGGUAACUCCUUCCUUCUGGGCCUAUAUAUCAUCACUUUCUUCAUUGGUCCAAAGCUGAGGCCCAUAGAUCUCCUGCUUACCCACCUGGCAUUUGUCAAUGAACUGGUGCUUCUUUUAAAAGGGAUCCCUCAGACAAUGGCUAUUUUUGGACUCACCAAUUUCUUGGAUGAUGUAGGAUGUAAACUUCUCUUUUACUUUCAUAGAGUGGCUCGAGAUCUUUCUCUCUGUACUACCUGCCUUCUGAGCGGCUUCCAAGCCAUCACUUUAAGUCCUACUACCUCUCAGUGGGUAAAACUCAAAGCUAGAGCCCCAAAGUACCUUUUCCCAUUCUGUCUCUUGUGCUGGACCUUCCAUUUAUUAGCAAAUUGGGUUAUUCUUGCAUAUUUCAAAAGCCCAAAGAGAAGCAAUAACAUUACUGAAAGUCAUGAUUACAUUUAUUGUGUUGCUACCUUUCCUGUUUCAUUUUAUAUUGCAUUAUAUGUGUUCAUAUCCGCCCUUCCUGAAUUCUUUUGUGUAGGAAUCAUGAUGGGGACCAGUGCAUAUAUGAUUUUUAUUUUGUACAAACACCAUCAGAGAGUUCAGUAUAUACAUGGCAAUAGUCUAACACCUAAGGGUUCACCUGAAUCCAGAGCCACCCACACUAUCCUGUUGCUUGUCAUCAUGUUUGUCUCCUUUUACUCUAUCAAUUCUCUCCUGGGAUUAUAUAUUCACUAUGGGAAAUAUUCAUCCUGGCUGAUUCAUAUCUCUGCCUUCCUGGCUGCCUGUUUUCCAGCUUGUAGCUCCUUUGUUCUAAUGGUCAGUGACUCCUAUAUCCAUAAAUACUAUUUGGGUUUCUGGGAAAAGAUCAUGAGAUAG